GUGUUUUCCAGCUUUAAAACGAAUGGAGCCAGCCCCUUCUGACAAGCCCUGUGUCACAGCCACCGGGAAUCUCUGGACAUCUUAAUUGGGCUAAAGCGUAACGAAACGACAGCAAAACUCAUCUAACCAUCAGACCUACCUCGAGUUUGUGAGAAGUGCUGUGAAGAUAAGCCUAUCGCAUUCUCUUUUCCAUUUCAGUUUCUCUUGGUGUGCUGUCACAUGGAUGAAAGUGUUUGAAUUAAUCUCAAAUCAGCAUUGGAGUUACAUGUUUCAUUGACAUAUAAUGCGUUUAUUUUUGUUUUGAUUAAUGCACAUGUCUACAGUCUAAAAUAGUUUUUUUUUCCGCAGUUCUCAUAUGAUACUGCCUGUGAUAUAAUCGCCAACCGUCAUAACCACAAAAGUAGACCAAUCGCUAGUUGAAUGCAGGAUACCAGCUGUUUGAGACUCAGCUCCAAAUUCAACUUUGGACCAGCCCUCCCAACCGCUUUGGGAAAGGAAAGAGGACUGCAGUUUCACACUCUCGCUUCGGAGAUGAAGUCUGCAGAAGAAGAUGCAUAUAGCUAUACUCCAAACGUCAGCCUGUCCCUGCCAUUGGGCAUGGGAAACCCCUGUCUGGCCACCCAGUACCAUACGCUGCAGUCCAGCCCCAUUAUCGCCGUGUCCUCCUGCCACCAGACAGGCUACGGUCUCCACGAUCACAACAACCACAACCCAGCCCAGGGCUACUACCUGUCCCACGGCCUGAGGCCAAACGGGGCCCCGGCCCUGGAGAGUCCUCGCAUCGAGAUCACUGCCUACCACCAGUACCCUGAGGAGGAGGUGGAGGAGAGCAGCAGCAUGGACCACAUCGUCCACCACAAGCGGGGGGUCAACUCUAUCGUGACCCUGACGCUGCCUAAUGCUGAUGGCUACCGCGACCCCAGUUGCCUCAGCCCGGCCAGCAGCGUGUCAUCGCGUAGCUGCAACUCGGAUGCGUCGUCCUACGAGUCCGGCUUUUACAAUUAUGACAACUCACCCCAGAACUCGCCGUGGCAGUCUCCCUGCGUCUCUCCGAAAGGUUCGUCCUCUCUCCUCUCCUGCCCACACGCUCCUCUCGGCCCCCCCUCAACCUCCCCCCGCCACUCGCCAUCCACCUCCCCCCAGAUCGGGGCCCAAGCCGAAGAGGGCUGGGCGGGGCAGGGGCCCUGUGGAAGCUCCAGGCCCAACUCCCCGCCUUGCAGCGGAGGAGGUGGCGGCGUUGGCGUGGGGAAGAGGAAAUACAGCUUCAACGGCACCACCUACAGACAGCCAACCUACUCGCCCAACCAGUCGUCCACGCCUUCCCCACGCGGCUCGCCUAGGAUCAGCGUCACAGACGACAGCUGGCUGGCCAACACCAACCAGUACACCAACUCAGCCAUCGUGGCAGCCAUCAACGCCCUCACCACCGACGGAGUGGUCGACAUGGGCGAGGGCAUCCCCGUCAAGGCCCGCAAGACCAACCUAGACCACAGUCCCACCAUGAGCCUGAAGAUGGAGCCGGGAGGAGAGGAGAUGUGCCCUGGGAGCGAGCUCCUCCAGGAGGACUACAUCUCCCGCCUGCCUUUCAAGAAGGAGAGCUACUGUGGGGGCUUCCUAGACGUGCCCCAGCACCCUUACUCCUGGUCCAAGCCAAAGCCUUACCUCAGCUCCCUGCCCGCCCUGGAUUGGCAGCUGCCAUCUUGCUCUGGCCCGUACAGUCUGCAGAUCGAGGUGCAGCCAAAGUCCCACCACCGUGCCCACUACGAGACAGAGGGCAGCCGCGGGGCAGUCAAAGCUCCGUCCGGAGGUCAUCCGGUCGUACAGCUCUACGGUUACAUGGAGAGCGAGCCCCUUACCCUGCAGCUGUUCAUCGGGACCGCAGACGACCGUCUCCUGCGACCGCACGCCUUCUACCAGGUCCACCGCAUCACGGGCAAGACUGUCUCUACCGCCAGCCAUGAGGCCCUGCAGUCCAACACCAAGGUGCUGGAGAUCCCUCUGCUGCCCGAGAACAACAUGAGAGCCAUCAUUGACUGUGCAGGGAUCCUGAAGCUGCGGAACUCUGACAUUGAGCUGCGUAAGGGCGAGACGGACAUCGGGCGCAAGAACACGCGUGUGAGGAUGGUGUUCCGUGUGCACAUCAACCAGCCCAAUGGCAGGACCAUUUCCCUACAGGCCUCCUCCAACCCCAUCGAGUGCUCCCAGCGCUCGGCCCAGGAGCUGCCCCUGAUAGAGAAGCAGAGCCUGGACAGCUACCCCGCCACAGGGGGAAAGAAGAUCCUCCUGAGCGGACACAACUUUCUGCCAGACUCCAAGGUGGUGUUCGUGGAGAAGGCCCAAGAUGGACACCACCUAUGGGAGACAGAAGCCAAAGUUGACAAGGACUCCUUCAAGUCUACUGCGCUGGUGGUGGAGAUCCCUCCCUACAGGAACCAGAGAAUAUCCAGCCCAGUGCAGGUCAACUUCUACGUCUGCAAUGGCAAGAGAAAGAGGAGCCAGUACCAACGCUUCACCUACCUCUCCCCAAACGUCCCGAUAAUAAAGACAGAACCGAAUGAUGAAUAUGAGCCUCUGGGGGCUCAGGGGCUGUCUGUUCAUUCCAAGCCUUACUAUGGCCAACCCAGGCUCACUCCUAUCAUACCUGUGGGGGACGCUGACACCUGCCUGGUCGGGGGUUAUCCUUCCUGCCCGCCUUGCCAUGGCAGCAUUGGCAGCAUGCCCGCCUCCUCACCCAGUUCCAGCCCAACACUGCACGACCUGUCCCCCGUGGCUUACCCCAAGUGCCUCUCCACCAGCCCUACGCACGCCCACAUCAGCCCCUUGGCGUUCACCAUCCAGGAGACGCCAGGGCAGCGCGUAGUGUCGCUGAUUCACCCUUCCUCGCCCGACCAUGCUCCACUGGGAAUGCUCCACUCCCAGGGCAGCAGCCCACAUCACCUUGGUAGCCCCGGUCCCCAUGGCUACCACACACUCUACCCCAACAGCAGCCCCUCUUCCUCCCCUGGGUCCCACCCCUCAACUCCAGGGGGGGCAGCAGAGAGCCCGUUCGCCCAGGCACCACCUUACAGCCCCACCCAGGGACAGAGCCAGACCCAGGCCAGGAGCAGCCCUCCCAGCCUGCUGCCGGAGGACGCCAGCCCCCCCUCCCUAGCCGUCACCGUCAAGCGGGAACCCCAGGAUCUGGACCAGAUGUACCUGGAUGAUGUCAAUGAGAUCAUCCGAAACGACUUGUCCAGCAUCUCAGUGCAUCUCAAUACAUAAACUCUCUGCAGAUGACAAAAAGGGACAGAGGCAAAGGGACCACAAACCAAAGCUCCUAUAUCCACAUGAGGAACCCCUUAACAGAGAGCUUUCACAUUACCACUUCCUCAUCCCUACAUUUCCCAGAUGCCUGAUUCGCUGGCCCCUCGUGACACUGCAGAACGAUUGGCCAACUUGAGGUCAUUGACAGGAACCUGCAAAGCUCCAUAUGAACUAAUGUUAGAAUAUAAUGUGAGACGGCCUUAGAUAUAAUGGGAGGGACUGUGACAAUUACUACACUUGCCUUAAAUGACAACUCUUGCUCUUCCAUGGACCAAACAGCUCAGUAAGACUGAACACUCAUUUCUUUACUGAUGACCUCUUCUUUGUGUGUGUUGGACUCUAAUGUACGGACAAGCCAAUGGGUGUGUCAUAUGUUGGUCAGAGCAUCCUGGCAAACCACAGCAACCCAAGCGGUGCCUUACAACAUCACUCACUGACUAGAAUGCAAUCGUCUUUGUCUCCUUUGAAAAAAAGAUUCGCUUCUUUCUAUGUUACUUCGAUCACUUCAAUCAUUCGUUUACAGGGAAACUAAAAAUGGCUGGAAAUUAUGUGGACAUGUAUAGGUUAGAUUUGUGUAUCUGUUUUUUUUAUUAUGUCCUUGUCCAUUUAUACUGAAUGUUGUGUAUGAAAUUCUUUGUAUAAACAUGUAUUUGAAAUGUACUUUGUGUAUUCCUUAAAUCUAUUAUGCAGUUUUGCGGUUUAGCUCCUCGGUUUUUUCAUUGUCUUCCUUUUUAUGAUGAUCCAAUGUGUACCACCUCGUCGCUAGCAUCUGUCUUGACACCUAGUGCCUCUUCUCUCCUUCUGCUCUGGCCUCCCCCUCCCUUUACCCUUCUGUUUAAAUAUUCAGAAAUGCUUAGACAAUCAGGAAAGAGCCUACAUAUCGAAGGAGAACAACUGGGUUUGCAUGUACAUACCAUAUGACGAUAAGGACUAUCUAAGACAAAAUCUUAUUCCACUUGCCUUUAUAAUAAAGCUAGAGAAGGAUUGAGACUUCAGCUUGGCAAUAAUUGAUUUCUUCAUAUCAAAGGAUUUUACCUUUGAAAUUAUUGUUCAAGCUUCUUCUUUACUAUUAGAGACAGUGGCUCAGUAGGCUUCAAUCAGUACGUAAUGCACUUUACCAUAGUAGCAGCACAGGUUUCUCUUCCGUCAUGACCAAAUGUUAUAGAAUCUAGAUGAAUAUCCUUAGUAUGAUAGGACAGACAGCCCUUACUGCGCUACGGGGUCUCUUCUUACGAAGGAUGACAGAUCUGCAGUCUUUUUCUAUGUCGUCAAGUACAAUGUCUUUCUUCAGCAUGCAGAGAAUACUAAUGACAUAUAUGAUUUAGCUUUACUAUACCAUUAAAUAGCUUCAUGAAUACAUGUGGAAUAUAUGAUAGCAUGGCUCUAUGUAACAGAUUGAUGUAUUGUGCCUUAUUCUCCAGUGUUUCUCCCGCUACAACAUGAUUGUAACUCUUAAUCAUUUUCUAUCCAGGCACAAAGGUGAAACAUAUUUCCUCUUUAAUAUGAAAUAUUUAUGGCAAUUUCAAAUGGUGUUUUGUGUACACUCAAUGUGUUCUAUAAAAAAUGAAUUAAUAAAUUACAUAAUAAUGACAAUA